GUCCUGGUUUCCAGCCCUCUUUGCCAGUUUCUGCUCCACCAGCCUUAGCUGUGAAGAUAUAUAAAGCCAGGACAAAUCCUUGGUGUGGCCACGGCGAGACACAGGCUGAGUUGGAAGAAUGAGAAGAUUGGCCAGGAAAGGUGCCGACACAGCGACGCUCUGCGCCCUGAGCAUCUUCCUGAGCCUUCUGGUCCCUGCUCAGGCCACCAGGUCCCCCGACUGUGGGGGCAUCCUCACCCCAUCAGGACUGAGCUACCUUGCUCAAGUCUCGAAGCCGCACACGGAGAACGUCCUCAGGCAGGACCUCGUGGCCCCCACAGCCCCGGACCUGCUUCCCAGCUCCCCAGAGCCCAGCAGGAAGCAAAUUAACUCCGUCAAAGUCACCGAGCUGUCCCUGUCGCUCAUCCCGGAUGCCGGCCUGCGGCUCAGCAUUGACGUGGACCUGGAUGUCACCCCCGCACCUCUCCUCCUCUCCCGGCACAGCUCCAGCACCAAGGCCAUGCGACUGUCCAUCCUGGCCGACCUGCACCUGGAAAUGACCCCCGAGGGGAACCUGAAGCUUGUGACCUCUGCCUGCAAACCCACCUUGGAGGAGCAGCAGAGCACCGAGGACACAGAAAGCAAGUCCUCUAGUUCAGACAUGGACAAGGAGAUUAACGUCAAUAAGAUUUGCCCAGAAGUCUCCAAAUUGCUGCUUUUCCCAAAUGAGCAGCUGAUGUCUCUGACAGCCCAGUUCCCCGUCACACCGAACUGCCAGGUCCAGUACCUGCCCCUGGCUGCGCCCGUGUUCUCCGAGCAGGGAGUCACCAUUUCCUUGCAGACAACUUUCCAGGUGGCGGGGAUGGCGAUCCCGCUGCCAGUCAGCCCCGUGCCCUUCAGCAUGCCCGAGCCCGCGAGCUCCAGCCCUUCCCACCUCACCCUGGCACUCUCAGAGCACUUCUACACCAGCCUCUUCUUCGCCCUGGAGAUGGCCGGAGCCUUCAACAUGACCAUCCCGAGUCCGCUGACCACCGCUGCCAUGGCACAGAAGAUCACACAGAUGGGCUCCCUGUUCCAGGAGGACGUACCGGUGACACUGCAAGCUGUGUUCAGGAGCUCGCCGCGGAUGGUGCUGGAGGAAGGCAAGGCAGCCCUGAAGCUCUUCCUCACUGUGCACGUCGGGGCAGGAUCGCCAGUGCUACAGAGCUUCGUGAGCGUGCACGUGGACAUGUCUGCGGAACUCCUCCUGAGCGUCGCCGACACACGGAUGACAAUCUCUGCAGCAGCGAUAGAGGACAAUGACCUCAGCCUGGCUGCCUCCAAUGUGGGUCCUGUGCCGGCUGCCUUGCUGGAGGAGCUGCUCCUGCCCACGCUGCGUGCGGAGGUCCCGGCCCAGCUCAACGAGGUCCUGAGUGAAGGAGUAAUCCUGCCCCACAUCUCCAACUUCACCUACACCAAUGUCAACAUCGUGAUUCACAAGGACUACGUCUUGGUCUCCUGUGACCUGCAGCUGCCGGCCCGGGCGGGUGAGCAGAGCACCAUGGUCUGAACUCUGGUGUCCGGACUGAAACAGGAGCAGAAUGGUUCUGUUGACGCUGAAAUCAGCCCUUGUGUUUUGUCACUGCUUGAAAUGUUGAAUAUGUGCUUUCCUGCUUUAUCUAAACACCACCUUAUCAGACUUAGGAUGAUAACAGCGUUGCACUAGCAGCUUUCUCUUCCAGUCCUGCUCUUGGUAUUUUUGUUGCAGAAAGAGGAUGGGUUGUAACAAUGUUCUGUACUUUAAUUAAAGAUUUCUCUUUCAUACUGCA